UGUAGCCAGCGUGUGCACGUCACAGGGGAUGCUGAUGAGCACACGAGGCGGGACAGAACCGGAAGGAGAGGAACACACGGACUCGCAGGGCAACGGCCGCGGUAGGUUCCUCUUGAAUUAGUUCCCAUUUAUACAAAAACAGCCUCUGGAGCUGCGUUGAUGACCCAGCGAGGGAGCUGAAGAUGGCAGGUACAGAGGCUGUGUUAGUGAAAUGGCUCAACAACCUCCUCAAGACAAACUUCCAAGAAGUUCAAGAGAUGAGCUCUGGCGCAUGCUACUGUCAGAUCAUGGACUGCACGAUUCCCGGAUCAAUUGACUUGGCAAAGGUGAAGUUUGAUGCUCAAUGUGAGGACGACUACAAGCACAACUUCACUCUACUGCAGGAAGCUUUCAAAAAGCAGGGCAUUACGGAGGGUAUUCCAGUUGAGGAACUCAUCCAAGGGGACAUUAAGACAAACUCUGAGUUCCUCAAAUGGUUCAAAAUCUUCCACUUGACAAGCAAAAACCAAAAGGCUGUGAAAAACAACCGAGAUAUCAGCCCCAACCCGGCGUCUCCUCCUCCACGAAACUCCCGACAGGAUUUGGGCACAGAAAAGAACAACCUAGUGGCCACAGGCAAAGGGUCACUUUACACCGAAAAGUGGAAGGAAACAUUUGAUUGGGCGGAGAGAAGCACUCUUGGCGACGAUUACACUUUCUGCACCUCCUGUCAGUCAAACUUACACACAAUCAACAAAGGCCUGGUUGAACUUCAGCGCCAUUCAGAGACAAAGAAACACAAGAAAGGCACCAACCUUUACGAGGGCAACAACUCGCAAAACAAAACCACCAAGCUACCCUGUAGCGAUGCUGCGCUCCGUUUCAUCCGCAGCCGCUCUAACUUCGCUCCCAUGAACGGCGAAAAGCCGUCCAAACAUUUUUUAUACCGUACGCUAGGGCGGCGCUACCCCAAAGACAUUGCAUCCGUUUGCCGGCACACCCCCUACUGCGUUUACGUCUAUGAAGAGGUGUCUGUGGGAAAGGACCAACACGUCUCUGUGAUGCUUGUGGGGUUUUAUGACCUGCAGACGGCUGCUCACAGUGUCCGAUUCCUGGAUGCAUUUGAGUCUGAGAGCGGCGAUCAGACUGCAUCGUAUGUGUUCCAGACCUUGGAGAAGUUUGAGCUUCCCGCAGAAAAUCUAGCUGCUGUUUACGUUAGCGGUGACAGCCAGUUGUCGGCACAGAUCUGCUCAGAGCUCAGAAAGCUCAACCCAAUUCUGAUAUCCAUAGGACCCCUCUACAGCAUCGCCGAUGCGGCUUGCUGCGCCGGUGUGAAAAAGCUCUCCGGUCUGGUGCAGGAGUUGCUGUCAGCUCUGGAGGAGCAAUACUUCUCCAGCUCGAUCCAAAGCGAUGAGCUGGAGGCUCUCUUGGACUCCGUGUACGAUGAAAAAAGUUCUACGUCUUUUCUAGAUAUUGGCUGCCUCAAGUUCUGCCGGUUAAUCUCGAAGAUAUUAGAAAUGUGGACAGAUCUCACGCGUCACUUCAGCUCUCGCAACGACGAGGAGGCCGAGCUCAUCUGCUCGCAGCUGAAAGAUCCCAAAGUCAAAGCAACUUUUCUGUUUCUGAGAAAAGCUUUAAAGCCGCUGCAGAAGUUCCAGACUCAAACACUAGAAGAUUCCUGGACCAGCAUGUUGCUCAUCCUGAAAGAAGCCAGCUCCCUGCUCAGCACAUACACGUCCUGCUUCCUUCAGCAGAGCGCUGCGGCACGCUACCUCGAGGAGCACGACGCUCGCAUCCUCAGGAGCAAGAAGUCUCUCCUCUCCAGCCCCGAUUUGGACCUGGGCGGCAACGAGGUGGAGGAUGCUUUGAGAGCGUGCGAUGAGCCGGCUGCACUGCCACACUUCUGCGAGCAGGCGCUGUCCUUCUAUGCCGCACUCACCGGCUGCAUCGCAGAGGAGCUGCCUCUGAGCGUUAAGGCUUUGAGGAGCAUCGCUCAGCUGCUGAGCCCGCAGAGCUGGCUGAAAGUGACGAGCGCACAGGUGAAGGAGCUCGGCACCCAGCUGGGGGUCUGCAACUCGACCGAUGAGAUCAGACAGCUCACUGAGGAGUUCCUGGAGUGUAAACCCACCAGGGAGGUGGGGCCGCACGCAGGCACGACUGUGGAUUCCCUGAAGCAGCACUGGAGCCGCCUGCUGGAUGGCGCCAAACCUGCCUCCCUGUUUAGAAGGCUAGUUUUGACCCUACUGUCCCUGCCGUGCCCCCCCCUUGACCCAAAGCAAGUUUUAUCUCGGGUUCUAGAAACCACAGAAGCCUCUUCUGAUGAAGAAUCAACAGACAGUAGUUGUGACACCUCCUGCAGCAGAAAGGACAUCAGCAUUCACUCCCCACAUGUGCAAAACCCCCAAAAACUCGAUCUUCUCAAAGCAGCACUGAGGCCCUGUGAAGUCCGCCUCAUAAAGAUAGACUGUCUAAAUAUUGAUGGAUAUCAGGAGAACUUCAUCAGCGAGAGAAACCAUCGGGGGAGUUUGGGCUGCGAGAGCAGCUUACGGAGGAAGCCUCCGGCCCGCACCGUGUUUCAGGCGGGUGUGAGUACCUGGUGCAAACCCGUAGGUUUUGACGACAAAGCGGCUCCUGAGCUUCGGGAUGAAGCGGGGGAAGAAAGGCCCCACUCUGGUAAACACACACCAACAAAAGUACAACGCAAACAUAACUAUCAGGAUGGGAAGGGUUUUCCAGUUGGGGAUCUGGUUUGGGGCAGAGUGAAAAGCCUGUCGUUGUGGCCCGGGAUGGUGAUACCAUGGAAGAGCAAGUCCUCCCCUGUAGGCAUGCGCAGAGUGGAGUGGUUUGGAGAUGGGAUGAUCUCAGAGACCAACACAGAGGGUCUUCUUCCUUUUAGUACCUUUUCCAAGUCCUUUUGCAAAAACUCCUAUGCCAGUUUGCCCAUGUACAAGAAAGCCAUCUAUGAGAUCCUGGAGUUGGCAGCCGAGCGAUCCAGGAAAUCCUUCGCUGAUGCUGAGGGCGACAAGGAGAAGGAACUCAAGCUGAUGCUGGAGUGGGCCUUUGAAGGUUUUUUGCCCACAGGUCCAGAGGGAUUUGCACCUCCAAGUUUCUCUGUACAAAAGGAACCGUCAGAAAUCUCUGAGGACUACCCGCCGAAAAAAAGGAAAUACCUCUCUAAGAAUAGGACCAGCACCUCUGCCGUCACUUGCAACAGAGAGUCUUUGAUAGAGAUGAUCAAAGAGCCCGGGAAAACAAUUGAAGACUUUUGUUUGUCUUGUUCUUCAACGGAGGUCGACGUGCAGCACCCACUUUUUGAGGGUGGCCUGUGUCUGCGAUGCAAGGAGAACUUCUCAGAGACUCUGUACCGCUACGACGAAGACGGUUACCAGUCGUACUGCACCGUCUGCUGCGCCGGCCUGGAGGUGGUUCUGUGUGACAACGUCAACUGCUGCAGGUGCUUCUGUAAGGACUGCCUGAACAUCCUGAUUGAAGAUGGUACGUUCGAGAAGCUGAGAGACACGGAGACGUGGAACUGCUUCAUGUGUACGCCCUCACAGUGUAAAGGGAACCUUCAACUCAGACCGGACUGGAGCGUCAGAGUGCAAGACUUCUUCGCCAACAGCAGCGCCUUGGAGUUUGAGCCCCACAGAGUUUACCCCUCCAUCCCUGUCGCUGAGCGCAGACCCCUCAAGGUGCUCUCACUUUUUGAUGGUAUAGCAACAGGGUAUCUGGUGCUGAAACACUUGGGCUUCAAGAUCGAGAGGUACAUCGCCUCUGAGAUUUGUGACGACUCCAUCGCGGUGGGAAUGAUCAAGCACGAAGGGAAGAUCGAAUACGUCAACGACGUUCGCACCAUUACGAGGAAACAUCUGGCAGAAUGGGGUCCUUUUGACCUCCUGAUUGGAGGCAGUCCGUGUAACGACCUGGCCACGGUCAACCCCAACCGGAAAGGACUCUACGAGGGCACCGGAAGACUCUUCUUUGAGUUUUAUCGCAUUCUGAACUUGCUGAGGCCAAGAGAGGAGGACAACCGUCCGUUCUUCUGGCUCUUCGAAAACGUGGUCCACAUGAAUUCCCGGGACAAAACGGACAUCUGCAGGUUUCUUGAGUGUAAUCCGGUUCUUAUUGACGCCAUUGACGUCAGCCCUGCUCACAGAGCACGCUACUUCUGGGGGAACCUGCCUGGCAUGAGCAGACGUGUUGCCACAUCUCUGGACGACAAGGUCAACCUGCAGGACUGUUUGGAAAUCGGACGUGUGGCCAAAUUCGACAAAGUCCGCACCAUCACGACCAAGACCAACUGCAUGCGGCAAGGGAAGACGGGCCAGCUCCCCGUCAUCAUGAACGGCAAGGAUGACUCCCUGUGGUGCACGGAAAUGGAGCUGAUCUUUGGAUUCCCCAAACACUACACAGAUGUGAACAACAUGAGCCGGAUGCAAAGGCAGAGGGUGUUGGGGCGCUCCUGGAGCGUCCCCGUCAUCCGCCACCUCCUGGCUCCGCUGAAGGAUUACUAUGCUUGUGAGGAGCGCGUGUGAUGGUCGGGUCAGGGACGGUUGAACUCCAGCAGCAGCGGCAAUCCGUACGCCUUAUCCUUUGGAGCUUUUCUUACAAAAGGAUCUUUUAAGCCUCUGAUUCCUCUAGUUUGUAGAGCACGGACAUCAAUGAUUCUUUUUUCCAGAGCAAAAAACGUGGUAAAACAAACCAAUCUGUAAUUCCAAACAGAAACUACAGGGUUAACCUGGGAUUUGACAGUUCUGUGAUCCUUAGUCACCAGCAUUUGAUUAAUGGGAAGGGUUCAACUUUGAAAACCUGCUGAAAAACGGAACGUGGCCUCAGGUUUUUGCUGAAUUUGGACCAGAUCCAGCCUCAGCAGGGUUGAGGGGAGGAAGGAACACCCCCCAACCCCCAUCUUCUUUUUGUUGUUUUUCUUUUUUUUUAAAUGAAGUGUCAGCCCUCAGACAUGAGAGCCGCACUUCCUGAUCCAGGGCAGAGAUCUGGAGACAGUUGAGAAGUUUAACGGAAUUGUGGGUAAAUCUGAAGGGUUAAAAACUCCCACAAUUCCCUUGGUGACACAGGCCAGACUAUACCUCAGCAUGGACGGAUUCCUCCACUUCUGCAGUCGUCACACUUUUAAUAUUUAUGAAAAAGAGUUUGGAUGUUUUUGUAAUGUGAUUUGAUCAUUUUUUUUCUGUUGCUAUUUCUGAACCUCUCAGAGCUUUUGGUGCCUGAUCCGGUCCUGAUCCUGACUGGGUCAGUUUCUGGGAUGAAUUUCAAUGUUUUUAACUCUUUUAAUUGAUUCUACUGGUCAUUUAUGAAACCGUUUUAAUCUUUUUCAUAACUCAAACUGAUGCAGCCCUCACUGUGUUAACAUUGGUGCUCACAUUUGAUCCAUUUUUAGGACCGUUUUUUACAAAACAAACAAAAAUGUUGAAUAUUUGCAAUGACACUGUGUUGAAAUUAGGAUUUUUUUUUUUACAGUUCUAAUGUUUCAGCAGCUUUAACACAACACAGGAUCAAUACUGUAGUGUUAAAGGUAGACAUACUUUGACAAAAAUCUAUAGAUAGAAGCAUAAAAUACUCAAAAGUGAAACAGCAACAAUGUUUUGUAGUUUUUGCAUAAAUAAUAGCAUGAUUAGGUUUGAAAGGCUACUGUAAACGGUUUAAGAGGUUUUUUUGCUUUGUUUGAGACAAAGCAGAAAGGAUCGAGAGGAUUUUGCAUUUUUACAAAGCUGAACACUACGACUUAAUCCAGCAGGGGUCACAGUUUAAGUGAAAACAUAUUAACUAUGUACCAAUCAAUGUACCUGCAUUUGAUUAUUUGCAAUAAUCCAAAAUAGUUUUUGUUUCAAAAUAAACUUUGUGAUGCAGAAAUAUCUGAACUGAUGUUGGUGGGACAGAACAGUUUCACGUCUGAGCUGUUCUCUGUUUUAAAUUUUGAUUUUUAUUUUAUUGAACUUUUCUACGGUCUGAGCUGUUCUCCCUCCUCCUAGUUUUUAAUCCACAAAAAGUCGUAUUUUAAUUGGGACUAAUAAAUAUACUCUUAUUUUUAACAAUUAAAAAAUAUAUAUAUUUUAGAAUAAAAGUUAAAUUCCAAAUGACAGAUUUUCAGUUUACAAUCUUUCCAGUUUAUUUCAUUAAAUAAAUCAUCAGAAAUCAGGAAAUCAUUGUUCAGAUUGUUCUUUCAUGUGGGAUGAUCGUCAGCAAGAGUUUGCAUUCAUGAGGCCGCUGUUACCGUCUUUUACACGUUUGUUAGAUAGAAACUUUUGUGACCUUCAGGAUUUUUCGAAAUGUCAGAAAAGUUCUGGAAAUUUUUUCCUUUUUUUGCUAGAAUUCAGGUGCCUCCUUUUAGAAGAAAAUGACAGCAGGGCUGCUUUAUUGGCUGUCCUGCAUUUGAGAACAUGUAUGUUCCAAGCAUGUGGAGUGUCUGUGCAUUGUUCCACUGUGGUGCUGUGCUAUGGUGCUAAAUCUGCCUUCGUCUGUUGUCUUUUUUGCUUGCAUGCCUCAUUUGGAAAUGUUUUGUAGCAUUUUGUAUCGGCUCAUAUGUGUUUGUUUUUACCAGAAGUGCUGUAAGUAAAGUGUGGAUGCUGAUUUUUUUAUGGGGAGCACAAACAUGAAAACAACAUAAAUAAACGUGGUAUUCACCAUAAAAAA